AUGGAAAUGAAUGUUUCCAGCAUAAGCAAACAUAAUGGUGAGUAUUAUUGCUGGACUUCUAUAUGUUACACAUUACACCACUUUUUUGUUUUUGUUCAUUUAUUUGUUAUUUUUAAUUUUUUUAGCCACAAAGACAGAUCUGAGUUUGUUGCUGGAGUGUCUGAAGUACCAGAUGAAUUGUCCUGCUUCACAGAAACAAGCUCUUCUCACCAUCUACUCUAUCUGUCAACAGAGAGGUCUCUCACACACACAGGGCCACAAACAGCAAAUCUCCUGUUGAUUGAUCUAAUAGACAAAUUAAUCACUAAUAGUUAUGUAAUGUCACUGAUUCUCUUUCUCAGAGGAGAAUGUGGACUUCUUCAGAGAGAUGGGAGGAGUGGUGUUUGUGCGCAACCUCUCCAAAUCCAGUGCUCACUCAGAGGUCAGGGAGACUGCUCAGUUCACACUGGGAACGCUGGCAGAGGCCAAUGGUGUGUGUGUUGGUAGUGUACUUGAAGCAGUUUCUCUCUGAUGCUGCUGUACGUGUAUUGUAAACAAGCUGUGUGUGUGUGCAGUGUACUGUAAGCAGGCCCUGUGUAGGAGGGAGACAUUCAGUGAUCUGUCAGAUUGUCUGAUGCAGCAGGAAAGCCCACUGAGCCAGAAGAGAGUAGCUGUCUACCUGCUCUCUGUCCUCGUCGCCAACAACAGUAAGAGCAGACAGGAAAAACUGACUUUGGGUUUCUUUGGUCCUGCUGAGGUUGAGAGUUGAUUUCAGACAGGGAGUGAUUGUCAUGACAGGCAGGUGUUUUACCUGGUACAACCAGAGGAGGAUGGGCCUCCCCUGUCUAGUGCCUCUCAAGGUUUCUUCCUUCCAGGGAUUUUUUCUUGCCACUGUACUACUUCUUGAUCUUUGGAGUCUAAGCUGGGUUACUGUGAAGAACAUAAGCCUUGUUCACACUGCAGGCCUAAAUGCUCAAAUCAGUUUUGUAGGAAAAAUAACAGAUGUGGAUAUGCAAAAAAAAAAAAAAAAAGGAUUUGAGUCACUUCAAAACUGCCAGUGUGAACAAGGCUUUAGUGAUGUUUAUGUGAAAAGCACUAGGCAAUAUACACUUCCGGUCAAAAGUUUUAGAACACCUACUCAUUCAAGGGUUUUUCUUUAUUUUUACUAUUUUCUACAUUGUAGAAUAAUAGUGAAGACAUCAAAACUAUGAAAUAACACAUAUGGAAUCAUGUAGUAAACUAAAAAGUGUUAAACAAAUCAAAAUAUAUUUUCUAUUUGAGAUUCUUCAAAUAGCCACCCUUUGCCUUGAUGACAGCUUUGCACACUCUUGGCAUUCUCUCAACCGGCUUCAUGAGGUAGUCACAUGGAAUGCAUUUCAGUUAACAGGUGUGCCUUCUUAAAAUAAUUUAUUUUCUUCUUAAUGCAUUUGAGCCAAUCAGUUGUGUUGUGACAAGGUAGGGGGGUAUACAGAAGAUAGCCCUAUUUGGUAAAAGACCACGUCCAUAUUAUGGAAAGAACAGCUCAAAUAAGCAAAGAGAAACGACAGUCCAUCAUUACUUUAAGACAUGAAGGUCAGUCAGUACGGAAAAUGUCAAGAACUUUGAAAGUUUCUUCAAGUGCAGUCGCAAAAACCAUCAAGCGCUAUGAUGAAACUGGCUCUCAUGAGGACCGCCACAGGAAUGGAAGACCCAGAGUUACCUCUGCUGCAGAGGAUAAGUUCAUUAGAGUUACCAGCCUCAGAAAUUGCAGCCCAAAUAAAUGCUUCACAGAGUUCAAGUCACAGACACAUCUCAACAUCAACUGUUCAGAGGAGACUGUGUGAAUCAGGCCUUCAUGGUCGAAUUGCUGCAAAGAAACCACUACUAAAGGACACCAAUAAGAAGAAGAAGAGACUUGCUUGGGCCAAGAAACACAAGCAAUGGACAUUAGACCGGUGGAAAUUUGUCCUUUGGUCUGGAGUCCAAAACCUCUGUGUCUUUGUGAGAUGCGGUGUGGGUGAACGGAUGAUCUCCGCAUGUGUAUUUCCCACCGUAAAGCAUGGAGGAGGAGGUGUUAUGUUGUGGGGGUGCUUUGCUGGGGACACUGUCUGUGAUAUAUUUAGAAUUCAAGGCACACUUAACCAGCAUGGCUACCACAGCAUCUUGCAGCGAUACGCCAUCCAUCUGGUUUGGGCUUAGUGGGACUAUCAUUUGUUUCUCAACAGGACAAUGACCCAACACACCUCCAGGCUGUGUAAGGGCUAUUUGACCAAUGAGAGUGAUGGAGUGCUGCAUCAGAUGACCUGGCCUCCACAAUCCCCUGACCUCAACCAAUUUGAGAUGGUUUCGGAUGAGUCGGACCGCAGAGUGAAGCAAAAGCAGCAAACAAGUACUCAGAAUAUGUGGGAACUCCUUCAAAAUUGUUGGAAAAGCAUUCCAGGUGAAGCUGGUUGAGAGAAUGCCAAGAGUGUGCAAAGCUGUCAUCAAGGCAAAGGGUGGCUAUUUGAAGAAUCUCAAAUAGAAAAUAUAUUUUGAUUUGUUUAACACUUUUUAGUUUACUACAUGAUUCCAUAUGUGUUAUUUCAUAGUUUUGAUGUCUUCACUAUUAUUCUACAAUGUAGAAAAUUGUAAAAAAUAAAGAAAAACCCUUGAAUGAGUAGCUGUUCUAAAACUUUUGACCAGUAAUGUAUAUUGUACAUAGAAAUGUGGUUAAUUGUUUGUGUUCUUCUUCAGGGUCUGGCCAGACGUUCGCUCAGACCUCAGGCUGUCUGGAUAUCCUGCUGGACUUGUUCAGGUAAACACUGAAAAUCACCACACUGGGUUUCCGGCAGACAUGGGUUCUUUAUUGUAAAAGAUCAUUAUGGUCAAGAGGUGAGCAGCAGAUGACAUUGUUUUAAAACAAUACCGGACAACGCCAAUUCCAAUUCAGGUUUAUUGAUGUUUAUGUUUCUUUCCCCAGGACUAGUUUCCCUCUCUCUGGCGAGGCCACAGUGAGACCUGCUAACGUCACUCAGCUGUUCCAACUCUGGACCUCUGUGUCCAGUGCUCUAUGUGGCUGUGUAAACAACCCCCAGAAUGGUAACGUUUGUGUAUUUGUGUCCUUGUACAGUGUUCUAUGCAGCUGCACAUUAAAUAAACAACGGUAAUUAUGUAUACAUGUGUGUAUCUUGGAGGAAGAAGAAAAACUUUAUUUCCCUAGAGGAGAGCCAGCGUAUCUGUGUGUCAGCCUUCCCCCUGGUCAAGGGCUGGCUGCAGCAGCUCUCUCACCCCUGCACAGAGAUGGUUCAGCCCAUCUGCUCCUUCAUAGCCAUGACUGUCGCCAACAACCGUGAGUAAAACAGGGAUGAUGCACUGACACUAAUGCUUAGUCAGUUACUUACAUACUGUAUGUAUUAGUAUCUUGUGAUUGAAAUGGUAUGUUAGCCUUUUUAACAGAUUUUCUUGAGUUGUCUGUCACACAGAGUACCUAGGUUGCUUUUGCAAUGGAUGGUUUGUAAUUGUAGUCCGACUAGUUUUAUAAGUGUAGUGUUGUUUCUACAGUGAGGGUAAAAAAGUAUUUGAUCCCCUGCUGAUUUUGUACGUUUGCCCACUGACAAAGACAUGAUCAGUCAAUCAUUUUUAAUGGUAGGUUUAUUUGAACAGUGAGAGACAGAAUAACAACAAAAAAUCCAGAAAAACGCAUGUAAAAAAUGUUAUAAAUUGAUUUGCAUUUUAAUGAGGGAAAUAAGUAUUUGACCCCUCUGCAAAACAUGACUUAGUACUUGGUGGCAAAACCCUUGUUGACAAUCAGAGGUCAGACGUUUCUUGUAGUUGGCCACCAGGUUUGCACACAUCUCAGGAGGGAUUUUGUCCCACUCCUCUUUGCAGAUCUUCUCCAAGUCAUUAAGGUUUCGAGGCUGACGUUUGGCAACUCGUACCUUCAGCUCCCUCCACAGAUUUUCUAUGGGAUUAAGGUCUGGAGACUGGCUAGGCCACUCCAGGACCUUAAUGUGCUUCUUCUUGAGCCACUCCUUUGUUGCCUUGGCCGUGUGUUUUGGGUCAUUGUCAUGCUGGAAUACCCAUCCACGACCCAUUUUCAAUGCCCUGGCUGAGGGAAGGAGGUUCUCAUACAAGAUUUGAUGGUACAUGGCCCCAUCCAUCGUCCUUUGAUGCGGUGAAGUUGUCCUGUCCCCUUAGCAGAAAAACACCCCGAAAGCAUAAUGUUUCCACCUCCAUGUUUGACGGUGGGGAUGGUGUUCUUGGGGUCAUAGGCAGCAUUCCUCCUCCUCCAAACACGGCGAGUUGAGUUGAUGCCAAAGAGCUCGAUUUUGGUUUCAUCUGACCACAACACUUUCACCCAGUUCUCCUCUGAAUCAUUCAGAUUAUCAUUGGCAAACUUCAGACGGCCCUGUAUAUGUGCUUUCUUAAGCAGGGGGACCUUGCGGGCGCUGCAGGAUUUCAGUCCUUCACGGUGUAGUGUGUUACCAAUUGUUUUCUUGGUGACUAUGGUCCCAGGUGCCUUGAUCAUUGACAAGGUCUUCCCGUGUAGUUCUGGGCUGAUUCCUCACCGUUCUCAUGAUCAUUCCAACUCCACGAGGUGAGAUCUUGCAUGGAGCCCCAGGCCGAGGGAGAGUGAAAGUUAUUUUGUGUUUCUUCCACUUGCGAAUAACCGCACCAACUGUUGUCACCUUCUCACCAAGCUGCUUGGCGAUGGUCUUGUAGCCCAUUCCAGCCUUGUGUAGGUCUACAAUCUUGUCCCUGACAUCAUUGGAGAGCUCCUUGGUCUUGGCCAUGGUGGAGAGUUUGGAAUCUGAUUGAUUGAUUGCUUCUGUGGACAGAUGUCUUUUAUACAGGUAACAAGCUGAGAUUAGGAGCACUCCCUUUAAGAGUGUGCUCUUAAUCUCAGCUCGUUACCUGUAUAAAAGGCACCUGGGAGCCAGAAAUCUUUUUGAUUGAGAGGGGGUCAAAUACUUAUUUCCCUCAUUAAAAUGCAAAAAUCAAUUUAUAACAUCUUUGACAUGUGUUUUUCUAGAUUUUUUUGUUGUUAUUCUGUCUCUCACUGUUCAAAUAAACCUACCAUUUAAAAUUAUAGACUGAUAAUUUCUUUGUCAGUGGGCAAAUGUAAAAAAUCAGCAGGGGAUCAAAUUUUUUCCCUCACUGUAUGUCUAUGAUGGCCAGGCAAAGAUAGAUGCAGACCUUCAGUCUGUAGAGAUUAGUGUCCUAGAGUGUUUUAGUUUAGACAACCUUGGACUGACUGUUCAAAUUAUGGUUUCUAUCUCUCUCUUUCUCUCUCUGGUGCAGAGGACGGUUUUGGUUUAUGUAUUGAACUCUCAUUAUCCUGUAUUCAUCUAUCUCUGUGUGUCUCACCUUAUCUCUCUGGACCCCUCUGUCAGAUUGUGCUCAGGAGAGUUUUUCCACAGUUGGCGGGCUCGGAACUCUGACCCUUACUCUGAUUCGCUUAGCCUCUGAUGCCGCCCACAGCCCAUUGGCCUGUCAGCAGUCUGUCAUCAUGACCAAGACCCUGUCAGCCUGCAUCAUUGACAACCGUGAGGGACUCACUCCCUGAAUCCCAAAUCAACCCCUCUCCCCUACCGCUAGGGCUAGUCACUUGUGUAGAACUCACUCACUCAUACAGCCAUGUAAACCAGCUCUCCUUAGGUAACCAGUCCAUUUUCUCCUCUCUCCCCCUACUGUGCGUAGCUGUGUUGGCGUCAGGUCUGGCAGGUUAUGGUUUGGUUCCUCAGCUCCACUCCCUGCUGUCCAGCCCCAGCCUGGAGCCCCAAGACAGGCUCAUUGUCAUACUCACCCUGGGACACUGCACUGAGGCUUCUGGUAUGGCCGGGACACCCAGCUUUAUUGGCCACAAAUAAUGACGAGAACACAUCUUACAAUUCCAAAGAAAACAUGAAUUCAUUACAACAAUGAUAACAGCACAGUAAUAACUACAGUAUUUAUUUAAUUCAAUUCUCUCCCCUCCCUCCUCUAGAGGAGCACCAGUCUCAGUUGUUACAGUGUGGAGGUCUGUCCCUCAUCAUCACUCUACUGACUGAGUCUACAAGCGAAGAGCUCAGGAAGGCUGCUACCUUCAUACUGCAGACCUGCAGACAGGCUAGUGAGUACACACACACACAAAGACCUGUAUGCAAACGUGAGUCUAGCCAUUUCAUAACGUCCAUAGCAUUGUCUUUCCUCUCAUCCUUCUCCUCCCUGUCCUUCCAGCUGUGUCUCUGCGUGGUGCGGUCCAGGGGGAGUCUCAGGGUCAGACUGGGGAGCUGGAGCCCCCUGUGGACAUGGAGGGGUACUGGAGGUCAGCACGAGACAUGCUGCACAGGAUCAACCAGCUGGAGAGACAACAGGCUCAGGUAUACUACACCACACACACAUACACAUGGCAGGAACCCGGUUACUGAGAUUUACCGGGAUUUACCGCCCAAAACCCGUCUCUUUUCCCGGGAUAAAUAACUGCGAGAACAGCAUGGCGUGAAAUGGAACUGUUAAAUUAUAUGUGAUGUCUAAAUCUGGCUUCUUUACGGCUUCUGCAUGAUGAAUUAUCAACGCUCAGGGUGGGGACAGACAGCCCAUCUCAGUAUGGAGCACAGUUCACAAUGCAUGUAGACCUAUCAUCUCAUCAUGGUAACUUUUUUUCUUGUGACAGGUAGGCCUACAUUUGCUGCAGCGUAGCCUAUGCUACAGUAAUAUAAAGACCGAAUGCGCGUCUAAUUUACCCAUCUCCAUCUGGCUUUCGGGGGUCACCGUAUUUUUUUUUUAUUGUAAAGAUUUUUAAAAAUGUUAUUGCAGCUGCAGUCACUUGAAUAUCGUUGCUUUAAAUCAGUGCACGCCCAAGCACUCUCUCGCAGUCUUUAUCUCCAUCAACUCCAUUGAAAUGGCAUCCAAAAUAGAUAAUCAUGUUCUAGUUAAGCAAUAAGGCACAAGGGGGUGUGGUAUAUGGCUAAUAUACCGCGGCUAAGGGAUGUUCUUAUGCACGACGCAACGCGGAGUGCCUGGAUACAGCCCUUAGCCAUGGUAUAUUGGCCAUAUAUCACAAACCCCAGAGGUGCCUUAUUGCUAUUAUAAACUGGUUACCAACGUAAUUAGAGCAUUAAAAAUAAACAUGGUAUAUCGUGAUAUACGGUCUGAUAUACCAUGGCUUUCAGCCAAUCAGCAUUCAUCGCUUGAACCAUCCAGUUUAUACAUUGAUAUAUAGCCCUAUAUAUAGAUGCCCUAGCCUACCUCUUUCAGGUAAUACAUUCAAUGCAGUAUUAGCCUUAUAUUUAACUUAUUAAUUAUGGGUUAUGGAUAAUAAGCUUCUAACUUAUAGCGUCUGUCUCUUGUGCAAUUCACACGCACCUGUGCUCCUCUGGCCUCUCCCAUGCAGGAAAAGCUAGACUAGAAUAGCUUUCUAAUGCAGGAAAAGCUAGACUAGAAUAACUUUCUGGACAUUAUUUUUUUAGCAUUUCUUAUACCAAUAGACGAUUCGAAGAGGGACGCAAGCUCUUGUUUGCUGAAUGUUAAAUACAGCAGCCAAUAGAACUCACAGGUAGUUUGAAAGGAGAGUGAACGCCCGAUGGCGGUAGGCUAUAGCAGUUAUUUAUUCGGACCCAUAACCAUUCAAUAAAAAAAACUCAAAUCUUCGUGAAGAGAAGUGAAAGCCUUCUGCAUCUAAUUCUAGUCCUAUAUUAUUCAACGAUGUCAUUAAAAUGAUGAAGAUAAGGACAACAAAACGUAUUUCAUUUAACUGUUGAAAGCUAGGAGGGAAUGAAGCAACAAUAGAGAGAGAAAUAGGAGGUAGGCUAAUAACAUACUGUGUUAUGAAAGGUGUGUAUAUAUAUGUGUCAGCCUACUAAUUAUACAAAUAGGCCCAAUUAUAUUUCAAAAUUAAAAUCAAAUUCGCUAGCCUAUACUUUGUAGGCCGCAUGUGCUGCACCAGAAUUGCAUGUUCUCUCCCUGCUUUAUCAUGGUUUGAACAAUGUGCAUAAUUCCAGUCCAUCUAUUACAGUAUAAUACAGUACAGUAAUACAGUUCACACUCAAAAAGAUGAGCUUACUGGAGCUAGUUUAAUUUAUUUACCAAGAGAGCAUAUAGCUAGCUACAUCUAUGGGCUUUUUAUGUUUUUCUGUUGUGUGUAAUGUUCAGUAGCCUAUAUCAUAGGCUAUAUGUAUUGGAUAAUGGCACAAUCAUUUGGGCUUUUUUGGGCUUAGGCUCAUUAAAUGUAUUUUAAUGUAUGGCUCAUAAACUGUAUUUAAUGUAUGGCUCAUCAGGCUCAGGUAGAAUCAGGCUUGAAUUUUCGAUCAAAGCUCUAAUCAAAUCCAGACAUAGGCCUAUUUAUAUGCUUUAUAAUGCUUUUGAAUGACACUUCCAAUUUUGGCGGGAAAUACUGGUUUAUCCGGGAAAAAAGUGAUUGAUUCUCGGGAUGGAACAUUUGUAAAAUACCAGGAAGAUAUUCAACACACACACCCUUCUCCACAUACAGGCAUGCACACUCUUACUCCCACUCACUCACUCAUCCACAUACACACCCCUUAAACAGCAAGCCUUUGUGUGUGUGUUGGGGUUGUUGCACAGGGAGCGGAGGAGGAGUGGGAGGGGGUUGAACCAAACCUCCCAGACCAACAGAACCCUGCAGAAUGGGGGAGGAAGGAGCUACUCUCACCCCUACCUCUCCCCCCAUCCGUACCCCUACCCCCUCACCACACCUCUUUACCAUACCAGGAGAGGAAUGGAGGAGGAGACAAGAGGUGUGAGGAAAGAGAGGAGCGUUGGAGAGGAGUAGAGAGUUGGGGUCAAGAGAGAAGAGAGGAGAGAGGAGGAGGAGAGAAUAGAGGAGAAGAGCGGGGGAUGUCCUGUGAACGCACCCCAGUCCAGCCGGUUCUAGUGGGAAGGGGUGGAGAUGGAGAGAGAGUGGAGCGACACCAUAGAGACCAAGAGGAGAAUCAACCCACAAACAGAGGGCAGGACCUAACGGUGCAGGUCUAACACAGCUCUGGUCCACUCCACACACAAUGGUCCUGUCCAGAAACAACCCCUACCCUCUAGGGGACUUCAUGUCAAUCUGAAGGGAUUGGAUAGGUAUAAUAAGCAAUAUGGUACCUUGCCCUCUGAUAUGUUGUUUCUGGACAGGACCAAUCUAUUUUAUACACACUGUACUAGGCUCUUCAAGCCCACUGACUCUCUUGGUUUUAUAUAGUAAGUUAAGUGUCAAGGUGUGUGUGUUUUGAUCAGAAGCGUGUAAGGAGACAGAUAUUCCAAACCAGUGAGGAGCCUCAGAAACCCAGCCACAGCAGCAGAGAGAGAGAGAGGGAGAAGAGGACACACACACAAAGGCACACCACGCUGCACGUGUACACACUUGGAAACACACAACCAGAGAAGGAAAGGGACAGGGGCUUGGCAGCUAAGAGAAGCACUUAUCCUCUCUACACAAACGCACUCACAGAGAAAGGCAAAAACACAGCAUCACACACACAUGGAAACACACAGACAGAGAACCGCCGAGACAAGCACCCUGGGAUGAGGGAACAGGCACACACACAGUCUGUGUCAGCCGUGUGCCAUGCUGGACCUGGUAGAGCUAGUGUCCCGGGGCAGCCCAGUGGUGGAGAGGAUGAGAGGUGUUCUGUAUGUCUGGGGACAGGAACACCGGUCCCUUCCUCCUCCUCGUCCAGGCCACUAGAAGGACACUCCCAGACACACAGACACAGGUCAGCAUUCUGCACUAUAUGCAAAUACUACAUUUAUUGAAACACGAAGUGUGAAAUGUAAUUCUGUGUGUACUGUUCUUCUCUCCCUCAUGGUUUGUGGUUUAGCCAAGUGUUCAAGUGCCCAGCUCCAGGCAAGCCAGGAAUGAGCAGGCAGAAGAAACCGUUGGAUGAUGAAGGUACAAAAAUGUCAAUGGGAUAAGGUGACAAUGCAAUACUGUCUAGACUAUGUAUACAAAGGUAUGUGGACACCUCUUGAAAUUAGUGUAUUCUGCUAUUUCAGCCACAGCCGUUGCUGACAGGUGUAUAAAAUUGAGCACACCGCCAUGCAAUCUCCAUAGACAAACAUUGGCAGUAGAAUGGCCUUAGUGAAGAGCUCAGUGACUUUCAACGUGGCACGGUCAUAGGAUGCCACCUUUCCAACAAGUCAGUAUGUCACAUUUCUGGCCUGCUAGAGCUUCCCUGGUCAACUGUAAGCGCUGUUAUUGUGAAAUGGAAACGUCUAGAAGCAACAACGGCUCAGCCGGGAAUUGGUAGGCCACACAAGCUCACAGAACGGGACUGGCGAGUACUAAAGCGUGUAGCGCGUAAAAAUCGUCUGUCUUUGGUUGCAACACUCACUACCGAGUUCCAAACUGCCUCUGGAAGCAACGUCGGCAGAAGAACUGUUCGUCGGAGCUUCAUGAAAUGGUUUUCCAUGGCCGAGCAGCAGCACACAAGCCUAAGAACACCAUGUGCAAUACCAAGUGUCGGCUGGAGUGGUGUAAAGCUCGCCGCCAUUGGACUCUGGAGCAUUGGAAACGCAUUCUCUGGAGUGAUGAAUCUGGGUUUGGCGGAUGCCAGUAGAACGAUACCUGCCCCAAUAGUGCCAACUGUAAAGUUUGGUGGAGGAGGAAUAAUGAUCUGGGCCUGUUUUUCAUGGUUCGGGCUAGGCCUCUUAGUUCCAUCGAAGGGAAAUCUUAACGCUACAGCAUACAAUGACAUUUUAGACGAUUGUGUGCUUCCAACUUUGUGGCAACAGUUUGUGGAAGGCCCUUUCCUGUUUCAGCACGACAAUGCCCCGAUGCACAAAGCAAGGUCCAUACAGAAAUGGUUUGUCGAGAUCGGUGUGGAAGAACUUGGCCUGCACAGAGCCCUAACCUCAACCCCAUCGAACACCUUUGGGAUGAAUUGAAACACCGACUGCAAGCCAGGCCUAAUCGCCCAACAUCAGUGCCCGACCUCACUAAUGUUCUUGUGGCUGAAUGGAAGCAAGUCCCCGCAGCAAUGUUCCAACAUCAAGUGGAAAGCCUUCCCAGAAGAGUAGAGGCUGUUAUAACAGCAAAGAGGGGACCAACUCCAUAUUAAUGCCCAUGAUUUUGGAAUGAGAUGUUCAAUGAGCAGGUGUCCACACACUUUUGGUAAUGUAGUCUAUCUCUUUAUCUAUAGCUCUGAAAAAAGCUGAACUGUCUCUUACCAAAUCGAUCCAGUAACACAGUUCUCGUCUCUCUCUCUCUCCCCCCCCCCCCCCCCACCUAUGGGUGUGUAUUGUGUUAAGUGUGUGUUCACCCAGCUGUGUCUGUCUCCCCAGGCUGUGUGUCGCGGUUCAGUGAGGUGACCAGCCGGUCGUUCCCUGUCUUCCAUAGGAACUGUCCCCACAGCUGUGACCUGCACCUGGUGCUGCAGCAGGCCACACACAGCUACACACAGCACCUCCGAGAUAUACGCAGGAGGAGAGAACUACACACAACGGGACAGAGAGAGACGCAACGAGAGACACAGAGAGUCUGGGAUCACUGCAGAGAUAAGAUUCCUGAAAUGCUGAAUACACCCACACACCGAUGUGAUCUGAAUUGGGAUUUGUGUCCUGUACGAACAGAGGCCAGUCUGACUCCUGUCUGUAAAGGAACCCUCCUGAGGAGCUUCUCAACCCACAGAGGACAACGCAACACUGACCACAACCGUAAGAUUCACCAUCUCAACAAAAUAUUUAUAUAUCCUCCAUCUUUUGGGUGGAAAACAAUAAUAUAUUAUAUACUUCUCUUCUCCUCUGUCUCUCUCUCCCCUCCCUUCUCCCCCCCCCCUAUUUUUCUAUCUCAGUUGUGAGUCUCACUCCCCUUAAGAAGUGUGGUCCAUGUGAAGGUAUCACUCGGACUCCUGUGCAUAAAGGUCUGAUGAGGAGCUUCUCUUCUGUGACCAACAGGGGGCAGGAGAGAGGAGGUACAGUAUGUUCAGAAACCAUAACAACACAUUAGCCUUUAUUUUACCCUGCUAAUAAUGAGAUAGCCUUAUCGUUUCUCAUGUAUCAUCUGCCUCACUCUCUCCCUCUGUCUUUUGCACCUCUAUUUAUCUUGUCUCUCUCUGUAUGUCCCUCCCUUUCUUUGUCAUUCACUUUUACUCUCUCAGAUGUUAGUCUCACUCCAUUGAAGAAGCCUCUGCCCUCUGAAGGUAAGAAAAGGAAGCUACUGUUGAAAUCUGAUACUGUAUAUUUAGUUUAGAUCUUUUUUGGGAUGGAAGUUUUACGGAAGAGGAUGUGUGUGUGUGUUGCAUCAUCAUAAUGAUGUGGCCAGUGACACCUUGCUUCUUGACAGUCCAAUAUCUUGAAAAUUGGCUGCUUACAUGCAAAACAUUUUGGGACUGUAUCAACAGUGGACUGAGUGGAUUUUCCCUUUAAGUUAUGGGAUAAGUUAGAUGCUGGUGACAGGCUGCUAUGAAGUUACAACUAAUAUGCGAAUUGAAUGUCUGUGUAUGUGUGUAUUUUUUGUGGGAUUCCUGGUCUCCAGUGUAUUCCUUGCAGCACAGAGAAAUGUUGAACUGCUGCCUAUGUUCUCACAGCACAGGCCAGGGCUGCCUUAGAGUUGUACAACACUGGCUGAUAGCUAGUUAACACACUGUUACUGACCUCUCUGUUACUGACCUCUACAGCUGUACAACACAACACUAGCUAGUUUACACUGUUCUAGAGCAGUACAGUUGUACAACACAAUCUAGUUUACACUCUGUUCUAGAGAAGUGCAGUUGUACAACACUAGCUAGUUUAGACUGUUAUAGAGCUCGAAUGUCGUGUAGCAGUGGCCACCUCUAAGCUUCUGUGUGUGUUGAUUCACAGUUCACUCUGAUUUACUCAUGCUCUCUCUUUUUGAGCACCUUUCCUCCUUCACUUUGUCUGAAAUACUACACUAUCUUUCUCUGUCUGUUUCUCUCGCUUUCUCCAUCCAGACUGUCGCCCUCUCGUGUGCUCUCUACCCCACUCGCCCUCCUCUUUUCUCUGCUCUUUCACCAUCUUGAUCUGUCCAUUCUGAUGACCCCCCCCCCCUCACUCUCUGCCCUUCUCUCUCAUGCUCUAUCUCUCCUUUUAUUUUCUUUCUCCCUCUCUGGCCAGAGAAUCUCUCCUCAUUGUUCUAUUGUUCUGGUAGCAGGCAGCUGUAUUAGGCUGGACGGAUGACGUAAUGUCACUCCAAUGAAGAAGAGAAAGAGGGAGAGAUUGUAUUUGCUCUUUAUUAGAUUGUCUCUCUGUUUAGCUCAACGCGCUCUGAGAGCUGUUGAUCUCUGCUCACAAUGAGGCUUGACACAUCUGUUCUUUGCUUACUGUCUCCCUCUUUUUCUCUCACUGUUCUCUCACUCUUCUUUACACACACACACACAGACAGAAGAACACAUCAUGGGGAAGAUGGUGCCAUUGAUGAUCAGCAGAAGACUCUGUCCAUGGGAAACCCCUCUUUGACUGUAAUAGAGAGAGUGUGUGUGUGUGCAUGUCGGGAGUUUGUGAAUGUGUCCAGAUGUCUCUGUAGAAGUGUAUAUUGAAUUGGAGGUUAAUCUAAAGUGGAUGGACUGUAUAGAACGGCCAGUGUUCUAGUAACCAGGCAAUGUGGCAACAGAGAUGACUAUGCCAGUGUGUGUGUACUAGCGGAAAGUUACCCAAGAGGUAUGUGUGUGUGUCAUGGUGUCCUCUCUCUUGCAGCACACUGAGCAGAGCAGUUCCAAAACCAAGGAAAAGAGGAUGAUGACAGAUGAGGUGUGUGUGUGUUGUCUCAUGUCCUCUCUCUCUCUUACUGUUCUAUACUCUGCAUUCUCCUACAUUGACCUCGCUCUUGCUCUCCCUCUCCCCCCUCCCCUUUUCCCUCUCUCCAUCUACAGAGGAGGGAGAGGAGGAACUUCAGCCGUGAGGAGGAGGGUUAUCUGUGUCGAGGUAUAGAGCGGUUUGGUCCAUCCUGGAACGCCAUCCUUUGGGCCUAUCCGUUCCAGCCGGGACGCACCAACGUAGACCUGGCCAAGAAAUACAAACGUCUGCAGGUAAUGGGCAUCAACAAUGGUUUUACAAAAAAUUAUGUCACUGACUUCAAUUUCAGUUGGUGAGUAUUCAACUGACCCUGCUCUCGCUCUGUGUCAUUUUCUGGGUCUUGUUCUCUGGCUUUUGUUCCCUCUCUCUCAUUCUCUCUUUCCCUCCCUACAGGCUAAAGCCCAGGGUAUGGAUUCAGACUCUCCAUGA